CAUAUAAAUGUCAAAAUGUUUGUAAACGUUUCCUCGUUUCAGGUUCUUGUUGUGGAAAAAAAGUAAAUUUUGGAACAAUUUUGGUGAAAUUUCUGUUGAAAACCGUUGAUUUAGGAACCAUUUUACGAUGGGUUCCUCCAAAAAGCACAAAAAGGAGUCCAAGAAGCAUAAACGACGUUCGCGAAGCCGUUCUCCGCACGAGAAGCGCAGCCGUUCCUAUUCGGUGGAGGGCGACAUCAGGGAGGUGGACGUUUAUGACCGUGCAAGGAAGGACGUAGCCGGUGGCGGAGAGAAGGGUCAUCGGCAUAAGAAACACAAGCGGGACCGAAGCGAACAGAAGCACCGGAAGAUUAGAAAAUAUGUCGAAGGCAAUGGGGAACUAGAAGUAGCGGGAUCUAGCAGAAGGCACAAGAGUCGCAGAGAGCGGGAGUACGUCGAGGUGGACGAUGACAGCGACAGCUCCGAUUGUGUGGAAGUUCCCGUGGACGAUGCCAUUCCGCCGCCACCGCCUCCGAUCACUCGUCGGCCACCGACGCCGGAACCACCGCUCCGGAUAUCUCCUUCGCCUCCGAGGGUGGUUGCAUCCCGAAGACGCACGCCGUCGCCCCCGAGAGUGGCUGCACCCCGAAGACGCACGCCAUCGCCCCCGCGGAUAGCGCGCAGAAGGACCCCAUCACCGUCGCCUCCACCGCCACCGCCAAAGAUUUCUCGUCGCCGAUCUCCGACGCCGCCGCCGCCACCUUCGGUUCGGUUGAGGUCACCGUCGCCUAUUCCGUCCAAUGGAGCAGGGGAUGUUCUGUCCAUUGAGGAAACCAACAAACUUCGGGCUAAGCUCGGAUUGAAGCCGCUGGAAGUCGGUCCAUCGUCCGGCGCUUCUGCUGCGACUGUGAGUUCGUCUCAAAGAGAUGAUGAUGCACCGAAAGAUGCGAAAACAGGAAAGGCAUACGAAAAGAUCAAGGACGAUUUGGGGGAGUUCUAUCACAAACCGGCGUCGAGCUUGACGGCGAAAACUAAGGAGGAGAAGAUCCGCGAGAAGUUGAAGGAACGCAAGGAGAAGCGUGCCAUCGAAGACAAGCUGAAGAAAGUUCAGACCCUCGGGGAGGAUGAAGAAAUGGACGACUUGAAGAGUUGGGCUAUAAGGACGAGGGACAAGCACAGGCUUAAGCAGGAGGCUGAGCAGAGGGCGAAGCUACUAGACCAGUUGGACGAAGAAUUCGGGGUGGGUGAUUUGGUCGAUCAGGAAGUUCGUGAAUCGAGACGAGAGGCGUACAAGGACCGUGAUUUGAGAGGACUGAGGGUGGAGCAUGACGUAGAAUCAUUCACAGAAGGUCGGCACGUUAUUUUGACGCUAAAGGAUGCAGACGUUCUGGAUGAGGAAGCAGGAGAUACGUUAGUCAACGUGAACAUGGUUGAUGACGAACGUUACAAGAAGAACGUGGAGAAUAGGAAGCAAAAUCCGAAUAGCUACGGAUACGAUGUGUACAGCCAGGAUGACGUGGAUGAGUUCGGAAUGCCAAAGGAGAGAGACGUUCUUGGAAAAUACAACGAAGAAAUCGGUGGACAGAAGAAGUCCAGCUUUACAAUAGGUUCCAAUGCAGAGCACGAAGCUUUCGAAAAGCGAAAGCAAAUGGAGAUAAGAGCCAAGCUGCAGAACAAGAAGUUGGAAGCGUUAGACACCCUUCCCCUCACGCUGGCGUCAGAGUUCUUCACGGAAACUGAGAUGGCGUCCUUCAAAAAACCCAAGAAGAAGGUCAGGAAAAUCCGACAAAAGCUGAAGGCGGACGAUUUACUGAACUCCAUUCCGGAAGCUUCAUCCAGUCAGGACCUAGGUUCGCGGUCUUCUCGUCGUCCGGCGCCAACAUCCACUGAAACAGAAUCACAGUUUCGAAAUAGAAGAAAAGAUCUGCUCCUAACAGAUGAUACAGCCGUUCCUCAGGAAGAUCUUUCUAACGUCAGAAUCGAAGAAGACGACGAAGAUUUGCAGGCGGUUCUCUCGAAGGCUCGCCGGCUCAAGCAGAAAGAAGCCAUCAUCACUAAAGCCCUGCCGAUCGAUCCGGAUCAGGUCAAGCAGGAGAUCAAAGCAGAAAUGGAUUCCGACGAAGAGGAAUCCAACUACGACACCCGAACACGAGACGGGGCGAUUUUGCUGAACGCCACGGCCGAAUUCUGUCGAACCCUCGGAGACAUCCCGACCUAUGGGUUGGCUGGAAACCGCGACGAAGACGUUAACGACAUGAUGGACUUUGAACAGGGUAGCGAUCGGGAACCGGACGAAAUGGAUGACCAUGACGCGGCUGGAACGUGGAACUCGGUCAACACCGAACAGGAACAGGAAGACCUGGGCGGCACAAUCGCUCCCGUGGAUGACAUCGCCAUUCUGGACGAAGAACCGGACGUGGCUUCCAGCGUAGCUGGCGCCCUCCAACUGGCACAGUCCAAAGGCUAUCUCGAAAGAGAGGAAUCCAAUCGACCGAGCAACGCCCGAUUUGCCCACCUCCAGGCGCAGAACUACUCCAUCGAGGACAAGAACUACGGCGACGAGGACAAGUACUCGCGGCGGGACCGUUUCAGCGGACCCAUCAUGGACUUCAAGGAGAAGGACACCUUCAAACCGAACGUCAAGCUGGAAUACAUCGACGACAAUGGGCACCUGUUGACGCCGAAGGAGGCCUUCCGGUAUCUGUCGCACAAGUUCCACGGCAAGGGGCCGGGUAAGAACAAGGUCGAGAAACGUCUCAAGAAGAACGAACAGGAAGGGUUGAUGAAGAAGAUGAGUUCGACCGACACGCCGCUGGGAACGUUGAACAUGCUUCAGCAGAAGCAGAAGGAAACGCAGUCGGCGUUUGUGGUGCUCAGCGGGAGCAAGCAGAAUACGAGCAUUGUGAAGCAUAAACGUUAGUGGAUGAGCAUCGACAGAUGUGGUAACAUGGAGCAAGCUACACAAGGUUUGAAAAGAUCCCCAUAAUUCUUCGUAUCUUAUUCGCUGAAAGUUUCAGUACAUGUAGCGUAAAAUAUAGGUAGUUCCUGGAAGGGUAAAGCA